UUGCAAUAAAUAAUAUGCAUGCGUACUACCAUUUCCUUAGGAUGUAACUUAAGUCUUGUGAGGUAAAGCUUUUGGUUCAGUAAAUGGUUAAUAACCAGAACCGCUGGUGUGACGUCAUCAGUCUGGACGGAUCGCAAGAAUGAUCUAGGAGUGGUUUCACUUUCCGACCAUUUUAACAUAACGGUUUUAUCAUUUACCUUUACAAACAAACUCCGCAUCUUCAGAUAUAUAGACGCAGUUAAGGAAUGACAGAAUAUAAAGUUUCUUGCGUUUCUUACCGGAUCUUCUGAUAGUCCUUUCACAGCUGCUGGAUGGCCGGUGCUUUGUCUUUAGUCUAACUUCUCAUUGCUGGAAUGUGCCGUGAUUGAAGAAUCUACCCCGCUGUUACUCUCGCACACUUUGUCGGAUCGCACACGUGCUCAUCUCACCCGCACCAUGUUGGCCCUCCUGUGGUGCUCUCUGCUGGCUGUGAACGCUCUCGCUCUGAAUGUCCACGUCCCAGAAUCCCCUGUGGUGGCUCUAUAUGGGAUGGACACAGUUCUCAACUGCUCUUUCUCCGGGGUCACAAACUUUAACCUGUCCGACCUGAGUGUGUUCUGGCAGCUAUCGGACACCAAGCGCAACGUGCACAGUUACUGGCAAAGCCGGGAUCAGCUGACCGACCAAGAUGAGAGAUUCGCCAACCGCACGAGUCUGUACCCAGAUCAGCUGAUGGCCGGAAACGUGUCGCUCCUGCUGAAGAAGGUGCGGGUUGUGGAUGAGGGAAGCUAUUCCUGUUUUGUCAGGGUUCAGAAGUACAACAUCGCCGCCCUACUAAUGCAAGUAGCAGCUCCGUUCUCCAAACCGCUGGUCACCUGGGAUGCCGAGCCCAACCUGAGGCCAGGUGAAAUGGUGGCCCUCACCUGUGUGGCGUACGGAGGAUAUCCUGAGGCUGAGGUGCUGUGGCAGGACGGGGCCGGGCACAACCUGACAAACAACGUUAGCUAUUCUCAAGUAGCCAAUGAGGAGGGGCUUUUCAGUGUGAAAAGUGUUCUCACUGUCAUUCUGGAGCCCAACAGCACAUAUAAUUGCAGACUGACCAAUCCCCUGUUAGGAGAGGAAGGACAGGCAUCUGUUACAAUCACAGGCCAGAACCUGGUGUUCCCACCUGUGGCACUGUGGGUAACGGUCGGCCUGGCCGUGUGUUUGCUGGGUCUGCUCAUCGCACUGGCUGCUGUCUGCCGGAGGAAGAUCAAAGAGAGCUGCGAGGAGAUGAGAGCGGAGGAAGAAGCCAAAGAACUUGAGGAAGCCAAAGAGUUAGAAGAAGCCAAUUCAGCAGCAACACCUCUGAAGAGCUAAAGUUGGAGACCGCAGGGUUGUGGCUGGGCAGUCUACGGGCCGUGCACAGAUUUUACAGCAUCGUCAUUCCAUCCCAUUCUGCCUCAUCUGGUUCAGCAGCAUUUCCUGAGCGCCCGUCAUAAGGGAUUUAAACUUGAGUGUUUUUCACGCAUGGAUAGUAUACGUUUGAUAUUUUGACAUUUCACUCCAUUUAUUUCUGUAUGCACAAGGGAAGCUGUAUAAAGAGAAACAAUGCAAUGACUGAUUUUACGUUACGUGACUGACUUUAUAAGAGUUCUUGCCGGUUGUUCAUCUCCUGGAUUCCUCCCGAAAAUCGACCCAUUGGCUGUGAUGAAACUCUUUUAUCAUUCACAAUAGAGCGUCAGCGGUGGGAUUUUGAAGUAAAAAAAUCCAAUUCAUUUUCUCCAUAGAGAAAUUCAUUUUUAACGGUAAUGUAUUUAUGUUUCAAGAGAGACCCACCAUGAGCAUUGAGUUUGCUAUGUGAAAGCAUGUGCUUCUCAAGAAAUACGAGUCAGUAAAAACGGAUGUUUAUUGGCUGGCUUCAUAGUGAAAACCCACAGUACAUUUGUCUGAAAAAAAGAUCUACAAAUCGGAAAAGUCCCUAAAAAUGCGGAUAUUUUAAUAUUUAACAAUAUAUUUUGAAUUCAUUUUUUUACUUAUAAUCAGCGACAAUAAUAUUGGGCUGUUUAGUGUUUAGUCCACAUGUUUUUCCCCAAUUGUCAAAUACAGUUUUGCUUUAAAUCAAACAUUGCAUGCUGCGAUUCAUCUCAGAGCUGGUUAGUUUUGUUUUAAUUUAAAUCCCAAUGGUAGAAAUGAAUGAGAACAAUAACCCUGGAAUCCAAGCUGUGCGGUCGCCCUCCAUUGUGCUUUUAAAAUUUAAAUACACAAGUAUGAGAAACCAGACGUGAAGGGCACCCGAGAGCAAACAGAACCUUCCCUCACAUCAUUUCCUGCUUUAUAUUCCCUGCACUAUUCUGUGGCUUUUCUAAAUAACAUCAGGAGUGAUAAACUUAGCCAUUUUACCAGCCUGUCUUCUUUCCUUCUUCCUCUCUCACCUUCUCUGUUCUCGAGCAUCUGAAAUAUGUGGCAUGCGCCCAUAAUUGCAUGCAGACGUGUUAAAGGGAAAAUCUGUUAGAAGACCAUCGGCUCUGACAAGUUGGGAGCUCCACCACUGUCACCAGCUCCCAUCUACUCUGCAUUAGGAGAGAAGCCCCAUGCAACAUCUCUGACCUAAUAGAAAGUGAGUGGUUUAAGAAAGCAGCCGGCGAGCAGCUCACCGUCAGCGUCUCAGUCGGCACCCUAUUUCUCUCCUGGCCUCUCUCACUUUUUCUCACUGCAUCCUUACGAUCGCUCCAUCCUGGCCUAAUUAACGCCUGCCCAUGAAGUAACUUGUAGCUGUCAGCGUCUGCCUGCUCCGCAAAAAUCCAAUAACUUCAGGGAGCAAUUUAGAUGGAACACCAGCUAAGCUCCAGCAAACUACAAAUGGUGCAUGAGACACGCCCAACUCCCCGCCUGACCUGACAGCACUGUGUGCUGCUGAAAUCGGUUGUGUUAAUGCAUGCCAACUCAUUGACUGCCAGGUGGAAAGUACAACAGACUGGGUUGCUGUAUCUUAAAACUGUUGUUUUUGUUCAUGUCUGUUUUGUGUUAGUUUUAUCUGGGUACUUUGAAAAUGGGAUGCAUUUGAAUGGGAUAUGUGCCAAGUCUUUUUGCAAAAAAUGUUUUGCCUGCCGUUUAUUACGUUUGUAAAUUAAAGUUUUUGUUUACUA